AUGGCCAAAGCGAUUCAAGCAGUAGUUAAAGGCGAGAUGAGUAUGUAUGCUGCUGCCAAAAUAUUUAGAAUCCCAACAACAACUCUAUUUGGUAGAAUAAAAAAAAAUUCUAGAGCUCCAAAAGUUGGCAGACCAUUAGCUAUACCAUUAUCAUGCGAACAACGAUUGGCGGAUGCUAUAGCAACUAUGGAAAAGUGGGGGUUUGGUCUAACGAGACAGGAGAAACCAGAUCUAAUAUGGAACUUAGACGAAACCUCUCUGUGCCUAGACCCGACGAAGACUAAAGUAGUUGGUAAAAUUAAUAAGCCUUGUUCGAGGACAACAUGUGGGACCGGGAAAGAAAAUAUUACCGUCUUAGCGGCCGUGAGUGCAACUGGAAAAAAAAUUACUCCUUUGAUCGUAUAUAAAGGGAAACAGGUGUGGGAUCAGUGGAUGGCAAAAUUAGAAGGUUUUGAUUUUGAAAUAUUAUAUGCAGCAAGUUCAAGAGGGUGGAUGGAGACGAACAUAUUUUAUAAUUAUCUUGAAAAAAUUUUGAUUCCUGAACUCGGUAAAGAACGCCCAGUUCUAUUAAUUUUUGAUGGCCAUUCUACUCACGUAGACGCUAACGUUGUAGAACUGGCAGUCAAAAAUAAUAUCACAAUUUUAAAGCUUCCCCCUCAUACUUCGCAUUUACUACAGCCACUUGAUGUGGCUGUGUUUAAAUCUUUUAAAAGCAUGUGGGAUAAGAAAUUAGUUGAGUGGCAGCGACAUAAUGUAUGUAGAACUCCAAAAUCACUUAGGUCUUUAUGUAAUGAAGUUAAGUUAAGUAAUAGUAAAAGUAGUAUCACAAGUAGUACUAUUGACAUCAGUGAUCCACUCAAAGAAGACACUUUUCAUAUAUUGACAAAUACACAGCUUAACAUUGAAAAUGUCACAAUGUUAAGUGAUCUUUCUGAUAGGAAAGACAGUCAAUUACUACCAUUUAUGGCAAGCCAAACGGCAAGUUUACCACAAUGCUUGCAAGAGGAGAAAGAGAGUUCUGUAGUGAGUUUUGAAGAACUUGUAUUAGAAAAAAUACAACAGGGUAAACAUAAUAUUCCGUUAAAAAGAAAAAGAGUUGCUAAAGGAGCUGAAGUAAUUACACUCAACAUUUUAAAAAAUAAUAAAGAAAAAGAGCAGAUAGAGAAACACGACAAAAAACUAAAAAAGCCUAAAACAAAGUUAGAAAGUAUGCCCAGUUCUUCGAAAUCCCACAACACAUCUUUCAAAAAAAUUAAAAGGCGAUCGAGUGCUUAUUCAAUCAGCGGCUUAAUGACUGAUGAUAUUUUAAACACUAAUGAAAAUAUUUCCGAUUUUGAUAUAGUGGCAUGGGCUGAUUCAGAUGCUAUUCAUAUGGAUAAUGAAUUGAACAAAGAAAAUAUAUCCGAAUAUAAUUUAAGCCAAGCACAUCUAGAAAUAGAAAAAGACCAAUACAUUAAGAAAACUUUUUGCUCCAGACGU